AUGGCCGAUUUUCUGGUGUGCAGCAGCGGAGGUCUAGAAUGGGCACCUCCAGUGAUGGUUGUGGCCUGUGGUCACCUUGCUAGCGUCCACCCUAGACUUAAUGGCCGAUUUUCUGGUGUGCAGCAGAGAAUUCUCGAUGGGCGUGACACGUUAAUUCGUGAGUUAUCUGACCAUGGCCCACCCACGAUUGCUGAAUUCCUCGGGAACUUUCAUAGUAGAGUAGCAGUGAUUGCCGCUUAUGGAUAUUUCUUCUUUACUGGUGUAUCGGUGUUUGUGUAUAUUUUUGAAAUGGUCGAUGUGUGUCAAACAUUGAAAUACGAGGAAGAGAACGUGUUCUAUGCACGGCUUGCCAAGAGCCUUGUGUUGGCUUUGGAAGAGGUUAGUAUUCAGCAUUUAUUUGAUUAA